AUGGCCCGGCCCAUGCGGCUUGUGCAGCAGAUAUAUUUUAAUGACCUUGGUAGGGAACGAUCUUCAUGUUCUUUGGACAACCACAGAGAUGUGUGGGCUGGCCUGGAGUGGCUAAUGGCUUCGCUUCGGGUUCUGGGUGACGAAGGUGAUGGCGGGGAUACAUCAAAUCUGGAUAUACCAUCAACUUCUCCAAACAUCUCAAAUUACAUGCACGGUUAUUAUGGACCAAUGCCUGCUUGGUCACCGGGUUUUUUAGCAUAUCCUAGUGCCAACCAAUAUCCAAUGCACCUACAGAAUGGUAGUUACCCUUUUCAACAUGGCAUGGAAGGUCCGGUAUCUCGUAUUAGUACAGGCUCCAUUACGAGCAAAUUCCAAGGUACCGAGGAUAAUAGAACCGAUGGUGGGGAAACCGAAUCGCCAUGUACAUCCUCUAGAGUUGAUGAAUGUUUUGCGGAUGGACCACGCGCACAAGAUAACAGACCCGAUGGUGGGGAAACUGAAACCCCCAUAUCCAGUGCCGGAGAAUCUGAGAAAGUGCAAAUGGAUGGUGAUGAUGUGCCAAAGUCCAAGAUGGAGUUUAAUUCCUUAGAAGAUUUAAUGAGUUACUAUAAGGAAUAUGAGAAGAAAUGCGGGUUUGGGGUGAUGACAAAAAGAAGUGAGAGGGGAGAGGAUGGGACUGUUAGAUAUGUUACGCUUGCCUGUGCCCGUGGUGAGAAGGUCCGGAAUAGAAUUUUGAAUGUCUCCAACCCUCGUCCGAUAGGAAAGACUGAAUGUAAGGCAAAGAUUAAUGCCUCAAAAACUCCUGAUGGAAAGUUUCGGCUGAAUUUAGUUUACAAUAUCCAUAACCACAACCUUAGCCCAAAGAAAUCACGCUUCUUUCGAUGUAAUAGAGAAGUAAGUGAAUCCGUAAAAAGGGUCCUUGAUACAAAUGAUAUGGCUGGCAUCCGAAUGAAUAAGAGUUUCGGAUCUCUUGUUGUUGGCGAGGGUGGAUUUGAGAACCUCCCGUUUCUGGAAAAGGAUUGUCGUAACUACAUCGACAAGGCACGACAUCUACGACUGGGUACAGGUGGUGCUGGGACGCUUCGAGACUACUUUUUACGAAUGCAGUACAAAAAUCUGGGGUUCUUUGCAUUAAUGGACCUAGAUGAUGACGGGAGGUUAAAGAAUGUAUUCUGGGCUGACCCCCGUAGUAGAGCAGCCUACCAAUAUUUCGGUGAUGUGGUCACAUUUGACACCACAUACCUGACGAACCGAUAUGGGAUGCCCUUUGCACCAUUUGUUGGUGUAAACCACCAUGGGCAAUCAAUUUUGUUGGGAGCUGGCUUGAUUUCCUCAGAGGAUACGGAGACAUUCGUGUGGUUAUUUCAGACUUGGUUACAGUGUAUGGAUGGUAUAGCCCUUAAGGCUAUUAUCACUGAUCAAGACAGAGAGAUGAAAAAUGCUAUUUCAAUUGUUUUCCCCGAGAGCCGGCAUCGAUUUUGCCUUUGGCAUAUACUUAAGAAAGUACCCGAAAAGCUUGGGAGCUAUGCUUCCUACAAGAUUGGAAUGAAAACUGCACUAAUGAGAUGUGUGUAUGACAGCCAAAGUCGGGAAGAUUUUGAGAAAUGUUGGGAUCAGUUCAUCACCAUGUACAACUUGCAUGAGAAUGCAUGGCUGCAGAGUUUAUACACUGAGCGUGAGUAUUGGACAAACUUAAAAGAGUUUGUCGAUCAAUAUGAUAAUGCCUUGAAAAAGAAAAUUGAGAAUGAAAAUGUAGCGGAUUUCCACUCAUUUAAUGUCACUAUUCACUGCAUCUCAAGAUCUCCCAUUGAAAAGAGAUAUCAAGAUUUGUACACGAAUGGAAAGUUUAGGGAAGUUCAGCAACAACUUGCCCGCAUUAUCGACUUGGACCCAGUUUUACUGAAGGUGGAUGGUACUAUAAAGACCUAUGGUGUGGAGGAUGAAGUUUGUCUUGAAGAGUUCACUAAAUUGGUUACACAUUUAGUGGUCUUUAGUCAGGAAGAUACAGCUGCCAAGUGUUCUUGUGGGUUGUUUGAAAUGAGGGGGAUAGUGUGCAGGCACAUCUUCGCUGUGUUCAAAUGUAACGGGAUUAAAUCAUUGCCUGAUAGGUACAUCUUGGAUCGGUGGACGAAGGACAUCAAAAGAAGAUACAUGUUAAUCCACAGCAGCUACGACACAGUACAGCAACGGGAGGAUUCUAUAGCUUAUUCAAGUCUUUUGAACAUAUGUUAUAAGAUGAUUACUCAUGCUGUGGGUUCGAGAGAACAUACUUUGGAUGCAACUAAUAAGUUGCAUGCAAUGAUUGAGCUGUAUUCUGGAAAUCAAGAUCCCCCAUGUUGUCCCAAUGUUGAUGGUACAACAAAGGUUUCGGCUAAUAUUGGUUCUUCAAAACAACAAGAUGGAGAAGAUACACCAGUCGUAGACGUGCGCAAGAAUUUAUUUGGCGUUGAGCAAGCUGUUCGAGAAUCUAUACCAGCUCCCGACAUAACUGAAGCCCAGCCCCAAGAAACAUUUGGGCAAAGUCAAGAAAGUAUGCUUGUUGGGUUGGAUGGAUCAUAA